AUGGGCCUUGACAUUGAGCAUCAGCCGUCAAAUUCAUGCCUGCUAUAUACUUCUACCUACAAGAGCGACGCCCAGCUAAGCCUAGAGAUUUUACUACAGGGGACCAACCAUGUCAGUGGGUCGACGCAGCCCAGAUCUGCUCUGAUCCCCAACAACCAAGCUCGCGAUGCCAAACCCCGCCUUCUUCUCAUGGGGCUUCGCAGGAGUGGCAAGUCUUCUAUUGCUAGUGUAGUUUUCCACAAAAUGCCUCCCAAUGAGACCCUCUUCUUAGAAUCCACAACUCGUAUCCAAAAGGACUCUAUCCACUCUUUUAUGGAUUUUCAAGUGUGGGAUUUCCCUGGUCAACUGGAAUAUCUUGAACCAUCGUUUGACCUGGAAGACAUCUUCGGCAGCCUGGGGGCCUUGGUAUGGGUCAUCGAUGCCCAGGAUGACUAUCUAGACUCUGUCGCACGGUUAAACCGUACCAUCUUGACUGUACAACAGUACUACCCGGGUAUUAACAUCGAAGUUUUUAUCCACAAGGUCGACGGACUUUCGGAUGAGUACCGCACCGAUACCUACCAAGACAUUGUGCAGCGCAUCUCAGACGAACUGAGCGACGCUGGGUACGAGAACGCACCCGUGCAUUACUACCUCACCUCCAUCUACGACUACUCCGUCUUCGAAGCCUUCAGCAAAGUGAUUCAGAAGUUAAUCCCUAAUCUGUCUACCCUUGAGAAUUUGAUCAAUACGCUAGGUAACAACUGCGGCUUUGAAAAGACUUAUCUCUUUGAUGUACUCAGCAAGAUUUACAUUGCUUCUGACACUCGUCCCGUCGACAUGGCCUGCUACGAGAUGUGUUCCGACUAUAUUGACGUGAUUGUUGACAUCUCGGAGCUCUACUCGUGGGACCACCCUGAACGUCGUCCUAAGGGGGAACAGAUUCAGGAGGCGGAAAGCCAUGUCGUGUUGCAUGAUGAGACCAUGAUUCACUUGAUGGAGAUGAACAAGUACUUAUGUCUCGUUUCGGUCAUCCGCAAUCCCGAAGCUAAGGAGAAACGGGGCCUGAUUGAUAUGAACUGCCGCACAUUUCAAGACGCUCUGAACGACGUGUUCUCGCGCAGCUGGGAACAGCUGGAGGAACAUGGUCGAGUCGAUGAUCAAAUUGAAGGCAGUACCUUGGCUUAA